UAAAUGCAUGCCGCUCUGAGGGGCUGCUGCUCAGGCUCAUGAAUAUUGUGAUCUUAUCAGCUGAAAAUGAGGCGAAAAGCAUAUAAACGGGUCAUCACAGAUAGCCAGCUCCUAUCUGCCUCCCCAGGCAACACUUAGAGCUCACACUGUCGCUUUGUGCUUAGAGUUCAGGCUCCAACAUUCAGCCGGCCAGCAGCAGCAGAGGAACAGCAACUCUAUGAGAAAAAUAUGAAAAAGAUAUAUAUUGGCAAAACUGCCCUCAAAACACAGAGAAAUGGUUGCAAACAUCAGAAAAGAAGCUCUUUCCACGACCACAAAGACGACCUGCGGAAGCGUCUCUCCUACAUGACGCACAAACUGGAGAUGGUGGAGACGGAGUUCGACUCCACCAGGCAAUACCUGGAGACGGAGCUCCGCCGAGCCCAGGAGGAGCUGGAGAAGUUCACCGAGAAGCUACGCAGGAUUCAGAGCAGCUAUGCAGCUCUCCAGAGGAUCAACCAGGAUCUGGAGGACAAGAUGCACCGAACGUCUCAGCACCACGAAGAAGAAAAGAGAGCCCUGAGCAGGGAAAUCAUCCUCCUCAACAACCACCUCAUGGAGGCAAAGAUCACCAUCAACAAGCUCCGAGAGGACAACGACCUGUACAGGAAGGACUGUAACCUGGCUGCCCAGCUGCUGCAGUGCUCCAAGUCUCACUAUAGAGCUCACAAGAUGUCUGAGCUGCCGCUGGACUUCCAGGAACGCAUCAGUUCCCACAUGGAGAAACAUAACCGGGGUAGCCAAGCCACCAUAGCAAUGUGCCACUCGAACUACUCCGACGCCGUGCCCACAGCCGUGAUCGCUAAGGUCCUGGAGAAACCCGAACCGGGAAGCAGCUGCCCUGUGACACGCUCCCCGAGCCCUCAGCCGCAGGACGGAGACUUCCUCACAGCGUCAGGAAGCACUGAUCACCUGAACCGCCGGAUUUCUUAUAAAUCAUCCGACCUGUACUGCAGCGACACGGCCCUGUACUGCCCCGAGCGGUGGCAGGAUACGGAGCGCCGGCAGAGCGUGGACCUCCACGGCACCGCUCUGCUGCAGCUCCACGCCCAGAACUCCACCGACAGCAACCCCGACGAGGACGCCUACCACUCGGGGAGUUUCUCUCACCACGAGCCUCCGUCGUCCUUUCACCACCACGAUGACUUCGGCACCGCCAGCCUCCCCGCCUCCAGCUCCUACUCCAGCUUCAGCCUGGCGUCGGACGACAAGGGAGGGGUCGGCGGCGGUUGUGGACGCACCGCCAGCAGCACCUUAUCCUCGUCCCACCAGGGGCUCUACAUGGAGUGGCGGGAUGGCGGCAGCGGGGACUACGAGCGCAAAAGCGUGUCCUCUUAUGAUAAAGACAGCCCGAGCUUCCCCAAGUCCCUCAGCAUCCAGCACAUGGUGGUCCCGCGGAGUCCUCAGAAGGGGACCUCGCCGGCAUACACGAGGACGGCGUCGUGCUUCAGUGAACCGUACCACUCCAGCACCCCUCGCCUGGCCUCCUCCCACAGCAUGGGGUCCACCACUGGACUGGGCCCGGCCCGGAGCCAGGCGGGCGCUCUGGACAGCCGGGAGAGCGUCCACGUCCCUGAGGAUGACCUGAGCAGCCGCUGGAGGCAGCUCAGCGUGGAGGACAUCAACACGUUCUCCUCUUCGUACCGCGACAUCGCGGGGCGAGUCUCUCCGUACAGUUUCUCCGAGCGCCACUUCGCCAUGGGCCCCUCCAGUAAGGCCAAGGGGUCUCUCUACAGCAGCUUCCAAGAAGGAGAUGACGUCUUCCACAGCCGCGUGCUGGACCAGUGUUUCUCCGUGGGUCCGCCUUCGCCCAGCCGCAGUCAGAAGCCGAUGGAGCAUCGCAAACAGGAGAAAACUUCUGCUCUGUACCGAGCCAAGGAGGACAGUCAGGACUCGGAGGGCAGUUUGUUCCUCUCAGGGAGCUCUAAAGAGAAGGAGGGCGUUGGGGGAGCCACGGCGGCCAAGAAGGACUACGUCAGCCUGAGUGCAGACAGCUCAGCAGAGUCCUUACACCAAAGCUCCCUGGAAGCCUCCAGUCUCCAGCACUACCCCAGCCCCAGGCCGGUGGUCCGGCCCCGCCCCAGCUCCAGCUCCGCCCUCAGCGUCGGCCCCGCGCUCCCAAAGAAAACCUCCCCAAGAUACCAAAAAUUUGGCAGCACGGGACUGACGAGGAAGGACAGUUUGACCAAGGCACAGCUCUACGGGACGCUGCUGAACUGAGCCACGACGGAUCGCUUUUCAUUUUAUGCAUGAUGAUGAUGAUGAUGAUGAAGAUGAUGAUACUGUACUGUACUGUAUGUCUCAAAGUCCCCUGCAGCAAACACAUACUUGGUGUGACGGGGUGUUAACAUGUUGUUGUUUUAUGUAUCUUAGCCAAGGCACGUUUUUAAUGCAGUCUGCAACACUUUUUCUAUUUAGUGGGGCAGAUAACCAGAGGGAUUGUGCAUUUUAUGAUGAAAGCGUCAAUAUGGCGGACAUUUUUCAAGAUGGCCGCCAUAUUGACAAUAUGAAGACAUGAAGUUUUUAGAUUAAAUUUCACAUUAACAAUGGAUAAUAGGUGAUAGAAACAUAAAGUUUGGUACAGUUAUAGCCAAAGACAUGGGGAACAUGUGGAGGGAUCAAGACUUUUAAGUACGACAAAAAUUAGAUGUGGAGGCUGGACGAAUUUUCAAUAUGGCGGCCAUUUUUCAAGAUGGCCACCAGUGACAACUGUUUAUAGAUAGGUAAUAUAUAAUAGAUUUCACAUUAACAAUGGAUAAUAUGUAGCCUAAUACAACCAUUAAAUAAAUUUGGUACCGUUAUGGCAAAUACAGAUAUGGACCCUCAUAAAUGAUCAAUAUGGCAGUCAUUUUCCAAAUUGGCAGCAAGUGACAACUGCUUUUAAAUCAAUUUUCAUAUUUUUGGGAAAAAUGGCCACCAUAUUGAAAAGUC